UGGCGGUCCGGCGCGCUGCUCGUUAUCCACAGCUCGCUGCGCGUGUACAGUGCACGUGAGGAUCAGGACUUGCGUGUCAUGGGAGCAGGGGGAAGCCACUCCGGUUGAAUUUGUGCGGCUGCUGAAAGUGUAGGAACCCUGGCAGAGACAGUGGAUAACCUGUCGCAUGCACGGUUUAAAAUUGAGGGGUGCGGGCUGUGCCGUCUGGGACCUUUAAAAUUUAAAUCGGCUGCCAUCCUCUGGGACUUGACGUGAUGAUCUGCAGUUUAGAUCAGUAAAAGGCCGACACUAUGGGUGGAAAAGGGAAAGGCAAAGGCAAGGGCAAGGGCAAGGGCAAAGGGAAGAAAUCGAAAAAGGCUGCUGCAGAGGUGGAUAUCCUGAGCCCGGCUGCCAUGCUCAAUGCCUACUACAUCGCCCACAAUGCUGCUGCCUGCUUGGAGUUCCGUGGGUUCCCGUGGUCUGGCUCUCUGAAGAAGAAAGGGAAGGGGAAGAAGCGGAAAUAGGAAGCCUCCAGGUUUUCAGGGAGAGUUUCAGGGCUGCUGGACUGGGGAGAAAGACUGGUGGAGACUAGUUGGGUUUCUCAGUUUGGGGGUCACUGCUGUUGCAGUCAGGAGCAAGAAGCACUCCCAGCCCCAUUCUAGAAGUAAAGCCUUGCUUUUCAGUGCCUGCCCGGGCUCUGUAGUGGUCGCCUCAUGUUUGGCACAGAGCCCGUAGGACUUGGGCUCGACCACA